AUGAUUUUAAGUGGCGGCGACUUGGAAGUUCCGAAAUUACCAAUUCAUGAAGUUCUUCUAGCUAGAUGUUUGCAAAAUUCAGAGAAAGAUCCUGAAAAUCCGGCGUUUGUGAGUAAAUUUUCAAAAAAAUAAAUAAAUAAUUUAGAUGUACCGUACCUCAAAGGCGCACACACAUUUUUUGAUGGGUCUUGCAGCGAUGUGUGUGUGUUUUGUUGUGCGCCGUGAAUGACCGUAGUUUUUCGUUUUUUUUUAAUUUUUCGCAAAAAAAAGUUUUUUCCAGAUUUCUGCUGAAAAUCGCGGCGAUUCGAUAAGUUUCAAGGAAGUUGUCCAAUUCACCAUCAAAAUAUCCGAAUUUUUCGUCGAAAAUGGAUACAAGAAGGUGAAUUUUCCGGAAAUUUGAGUGAAAAAAGGGUUUUUUAGGGUGACGUGAUUAUGAUAGCGACGAAUAACAAUUGGCGAUUUGUGGUGACGUGUCUUGGUGCAUGGCGAGCUGGUCUAAUUGUUUCUGGAGCAUGUCCGCAAUUCACAGAGUGUAGGGUUUUUACCCACAGAAAAACAGAAAAUCCCAACAAAUCACGAUGUUUUAGAUGAAUUCGACUACCAAAUCACGGAUUCCACCGCAAAAUUGAUAUUUUGCGACACGGCAACUCAUUCAACUUUACGAAAAGCUGCUCCAAAUCAUAAAAUAAUUGUUUUCGACACUGAAGAAUACUCAAAAAUCCUGAAAACCGCGGAAAAAUCGCGGAAAAUGCCCGAAAUUUCGAUGGAUGAUUUGUUGUAUCUCCCAUAUUCUUCAGGAACAACUGGAAAACCGAAAGGAGUUAUGAUAAGUCAUGGCAAUUUUGUGAUGAUGGUUAUGGCCAAUGUGAAGUUUGUGAUGAUAAAUUAUAUUGUGUCUGAGAAAAAAAAAAUCAAAAAAAAAAAAAAUUGCAGAAAAAUCGGCGAAUUGACAGUUGCUCACGGACUUCCUGAAGAUUUUGCUCAACCUCAAGAUCUUCAUUUUCUUCCGCUUUAUCAUGCGAUGGGAAUGUUUAAAGCUGUUAUAACUUGUUAUCGUGGAUCUACUCAAAUUAUGUUUGCCAAGUUUAAUUUGGAACUUAUGCUUCAAUUGAUUGAGGAGUUUAGUGUGAGUUGAGAAAAUCCACGUUGCAAAAUAUAUAACUUUGAGAGUUGAAAAGUUUAUGAGUUUUCUCGAAAUUUUAGCUCAAAUUUGAAUAAAAAAUUUAAAAUUUAUAACUUUUCUCAAAUUAAAAAAAAACUGUUUUUUUUUUCUAAUUUUUCAAAAAAAUUCUUUAAUUUCUGCAAAAUUUUUGAGCACAAAAAAAAAUUGAGAAAAAAUCUGAUUUUUUCCAAAUUGAAGCUAAAAAACAUUGAAAAUUAGAAAAUUUAUGAAUUUUCAAUUUUUUAAUGAAAAUUCUGACUUAAAAAUCAAAAAAACCAAAUUUGAUUCGCAAUGCUGAAAUUUUGCAGAUCCUCGAAAUCUCAAAAAAAAAUCCAAAUUUUUCAAAAAAAAUAAUUAUUUUUGAAUAUUUUUUUUCUGAAAAACAGAAUUGAACUCCAAAUUUACCUAUUUUUCCAAUUGUAAAUAAUUUUCCUAAACCUAAAAUUCAAACCUCCAAAAUUUUCGCAGAUCCUCGGAAUCUCAAAAAAUCCAAAUUAAAAAAACUGUUUUGAAAUUAUAAAUUUUCAAAAAAAAAAUUAAUUUUUGAAUAUUUUUUCCUGGAAAACAGAAUUGAAAUCCAAAUGUCCCAAUCAAUUUUCUGACCUAAAAUCUAAACCUCCAAAAUUCUCCAGAUCCUCGGAAUCUCCAUGGUUCCCGCAAUCCUCGUUCGCCUCGUCAACUCCCCCCUCCUCCAAAAAUACGACAUCAGUUCUCUAAUCAGCAUCGCCAGCGGUUCAGCCCCUCUUCCCCAAGGCACAAUCGACAAACUCAAAGAAAUCCUACCAGACGUCAAAAUCCAACAAGGCUACGGAAUGACGGAGCUAACAUUCGCCUCACAUUUACCAGCUGUCGGUUCGCCUGAGGGAAGUGUUGGGAAACUAAUGGCCGGAACUUUUAUGAAGGUUCUUAAAGGGACCUCCGGUGAACUUUGCGGGCCCAAUGAGCAAGGAGAAUUGUGGAUAAAAGGUCCGCAAGUGAUGAAAGGAUAUUGGAAAAAACCCGAAUUAAUGCGUGAUUUGAUAGAUUCUGAUGGAUUUAUGAGAACUGGUGAUAUUGUAUAUUUCGAUAAAGAUGGGAAUACCUUCAUUUGUGAUCGAAUUAAAGAAUUAAUCAAGGUUAAUGGCAAACAAGUUGCUCCAGCUGAAAUUGAAAGUUUGAUGAUGAAAAAUGAAAAUGUUGCGGAUUGUUGUGUUUUUGGAAUUGAUGACGAGAAAUGUGGGGAAAUCCCCGUGGCUUGUGUGGUUUUCAAAGGCGCCUCAGCUCACCAUGAUGAUAUAAUUGCUCAUGUUAACUCGAAAUUGGCGGCCUAUAAAAGGAUUCGAAUUCUGGAGAUUGUUCCCGAGGUUUUGCGGAAUGCCACAGGGAAAAUAUUGCGGAGAACGAUGAAGGAGAAUUAUUUGAAGAAGAGGAAAUUGUCGAAAUUGUAG